AUGUCCGAAACAACUGUUGCAGAAAGAAAGUCUAUUGAACAAAUUGUUCAUGUUUCGAUCGAUGCGCAGAUUGAGAAUCUUGUGAGAUCCCAUAAGGACUUAAACAUUACCAGGGCUGUUAAAGCUCCAAGUUUGGCUACUGGUGCUGAUCCAGAAGGUGUGAAGCUUCUUCCUAAGAGCUCCAAAAAAAGGUUGGAGAACGAUCACAUCGAUCUUUCCAAAGGUUAUCCAGAAAUUCCUGAUAGAUCUGAAAUUCCUGUUUUUGUUGAUCAGGCACAUGCUAUUCGAGACUAUGACAUGCCUUAUAUCGAAAGAGGUAAGAAUGCCGAUCCCGAGAAAAAGGCAUUGCUCAGUGCAGCUAAAGAGGUUAAAGAUCUUACCACCCAUAUUGGCACGGUGAUUGUUGGUUUACAGUUGGCUGAUUUGACUGAUAAGCAGAAGGAUGAAUUGGCUCUCUUGAUUGAAGAAAGAGGUGUUGUCUUCUUCAAAAACCAGAAGUUGCCUCCAAGAAAGCAGAGAGAGUUGGGUGAAUACUGGGGCAAUCUUGAAGUUCAUCCUCAGACACCGCACGUUCCUGGAUUACCUGGUGAAACCGUGAUUUGGAAUGAUUACUUGCAAAAGAGAGGUAUGAAUAUAAAUUUCAAAAAUUGCAAUUAUGGCAAUUUCGAUAUUGUCAGAUAUGGCUCGGUCGGUAACCAAGUCUGGCACACUGAUUUAGUUCACGAAAGGCAACCUGCCGGUAUUACUCAUCUUCAUCUAGAUGCAAUUCCAGAAGUUGGGGGCGAUACUAUCUGGGCUUCCGGAUAUGCUGCCUAUGAUAAGUUGUCUGAAGAGAUGAAGAAGUUUUUGGAUGGUAAAAAAGUUGUUGUCGUGUCUUAUCAUAAAUAUCUUGACAGAAAGGAUCCGUUUGGUGAACCCAAACCAGUCGGGAGAAUUCAUCCAUUAGUUAGAACUCAUCCUGCAACUGGAUGGAAGUUCUUGUUUGUUAACCGUUCCAUGACCAAAAGAAUCGUUGGCUUGACACCUGUAGAAUCAGAUGUCAUUUUGAACUACUUAUUUGAUGUCUACGAGAAGAAUGUCGACAUUCAGGUGAGAUUUAACUGGAAAUCGGAUCCUGGCUAUGGUACUUCUGCUAUCUGGGAUAACAGAUCAACUCAACACAGGACGAUUUGGGAUCAUGAAGGUCGCAUUUCCAGACAUGGAACUAGGGUUACAUCUUUGGCUGAAAUUCCAUACUUUGACCCUAAAUCAAGGUCUCAAAGAGAGGCACUUGGAUUGCCUAUUACAAAAGAAGCUUGA